GUAAUCAAAAGUGGUGGGGAAUGCUUUAUCACUUAUUUGUUCUGGGAAUAUUUUAAGAAUUGUUCUCCACUUAUUUUACACGAUAGGCUUAAAAAUGAUCAUGUCAAAGCCAACUAAGGUUAUCCAAUUGAGCCGAAGACUCUACAGCUCGUCCUCUAAAAAUGAUAUUGUUAUUAUUUCUGCAGUUCGAACUCCGAUGGGUACGUUUCUGGGACCCUUAGCACCUUUAUCGGCUACCAGACUGGGAGCAGUCGCCAUACAAGCAGCUGUUGAAAGAGCUGGAAUUCCCAAAGAAGAAGUCAAAGAAGUUUUUAUGGGCCAUGUUUGUCAAGGAGGCGCUGGACAAGCACCAGCCAGACAGGCUACAGUUUUUGCAGGUCUUCCAAAAUCAACAAUAUGCACAACUAUCAACAAAGUCUGCUCAUCAGGCAUGAAAUCCAUAAUGUUUGCAACCCAGAGCUUGCUCCUCGGUGACCAAGAUGUAAUUCUAGCCGGAGGAAUGGAAUCCAUGUCGAAUGUACCAUACUAUAUGAAACGAGGCCAGACACCAUAUGGAGGAGUCCACCUUGCCGAUGGGGUUGUAGCUGAUGGUUUAUGGGAUGUUUACAACAAAUUCCAUAUGGGUAACUGCGCAGAAAACACAGCAAAGAAGCUGAACAUAUCCAGGGAAGAACAGGAUGAGUAUGCUAUCAACAGUUACAAGAAAAGUGCCGAAGCAUACAAAAACAAUGCUUUUGCUUCUGAAUUAGUAUCAGUUAAUGUACCGCAAAGGAAAGGACAACCCGAUUUAGUAGUUUCAGUAGAUGAAGAGUACAAGAGGGUUAACUUCGAAAAGUUUAACAAACUGCCAACAGUUUUCCAAAAGGAAAACGGUACAGUAACAGCAGGAAACGCUUCAACUUUAAACGACGGUGCAGCUGCUUUAAUCUUAACCACUGCCGAACAUGCCAAGAGGUUAAACGCUAAACCUUUAGCUCGGGUUGUUGGCUACCAAGACGGCGAAUGUGAUCCAAUCGAUUUCCCAAUAGCCCCUUCCGUAGCUAUUCCAAAAUUGCUCGAAAAAACUGGAGUCAGCAAAGACGAAAUUGCCAUGUGGGAAAUCAAUGAAGCAUUCAGUGUUGUUAUUUUAGCUAACCAAAAAAUCCUUGGGCUCAAUCCUGAUAAAGUUAAUAUUCACGGUGGUGCUGUCAGUUUAGGUCAUCCCAUCGGUAUGUCUGGUGCCAGACUGAUCACCCAUCUCGUUCACUCUCUCAAGGCUGGAGAGAAAGGAGUCGGUGCUAUCUGUAAUGGAGGAGGAGGAGCUUCUUCCAUGAUGAUUGAGAAAUUGUGUGACGAUCUACCUGCAGGCGAACGUCCAACGUUAACUUUAUAUACCAAAGAACCCUGUCCCUUGUGCGAUGAAUUAAAACUAGAGCUUAAUACUUAUCUGAGUAGAAUCAAUUUCAGUACCGUCGAUAUAUCCAAAAAAGAAAAUCUUCGGUAUCUGAGGCUCUAUCGUUACGAGAUUCCUGUAGUGUUUCUCAACGGUCAGUAUUUGUGUAAGCACAGAUUGGAUAAGAAUCUUCUGGACUACAGACUGCAAGAAAUCGAAAGCAGAAGGUAAAUACUACAAACUGAGUGUUCUUGGGUGAAAAUGAAGGUAAAUAAUGAUUCAGUGGCAGUUGACGUGUUUCAAUGGUUUAUUGUUAGAGAGACUUUCUGAUGAGUUGGAAACUGGUUACUGAUUUUAAAAUGUAUUAUUUCUAUAACAAAAUAACUGAUAAGAAUAUAAAU